AUGGAGUGGGCAGUGUCACUUUUGCUAAAUCACCCAGAGGAGCUGAAAAUGGCCCGGCUGUACCCAGUUGGACCUCAUUGUUCAUCGCAAGAUUGCAACGUACAAGGAUUCGAAAUUCCUGGUGGUACAACGUUGUUAGUAAAUGCCUGGGCAAUUCAUAUAGACCCUAAGGUCUGGGAAGAGCCCACAAAGUUCAAACCUGGUAGAUUUGAUGGAAUUGAAGAUAGAACAAAUGGGUUUCUACCAUUUGGAGUGGGGAGGAGGGCAUGUCCAGGGUCCGGCAUGGCUAUACGGCUGAUGGCAUUGGCGUUAGGCACAUUUAUACAGUGCUUUGAGUGGGAAAGGGUUGGAUGUGAACUGGUGGAUAUGGAAGAAUUUUGUAGUGGACGAACUUUGUCCAAAGUUAAGCCUUUGGGGGAAAUGUAUAGACCGCAACUAGUGGUGGAAAGGUGGUCCGGAGUGGUUCGACCAUUGUUUGCUCCAGUCUAUGCUUUCGUGUUGCAUCGCAUCUAG